CUGGUCAGGCCACGUUUAGACUACUGUGUCCAGUUCUUAGCUUUCUAGUUAAAAAAAGACAGGGAUCUCCUAGAAAGAGUCCCAUGGAGGACCACAAAGAUGAUAAAGGACCUGAAACAUUUCCCAUGUGAGGAACGGCUGAGAGACCUGGGUCUGUUUGGCCUAGAGAAGAGAAGACUGAGAGGGGAUCUGAUCAAUGUUUAUAACUAUCUAAAAUGUGGGAGGCAACUGGACGAGGCCAGAUUCAUUUCAGUGGUGUGUAGUGAUUGGACAAGGAGCAAUAGCCUAAAACUGGAAUGUGGGAAGUUCCCCACAAACAUGCGGAAGAACUUUACGAUAAGGGUGAUGGAGCACUGGAACAGGUUGCCCAGAGAGGUUGUGGAGUCUCCUUCUGUGGAGAUAUUCAAGACUCAUCUGGACGCCUACCUGUGUGACCUAUUGUAGGGAACCUGCUUUGGCAGGGGAUUGGCCUCAGUGAACUCUGGAGGUCCCUUCAAACCCCUGCAAUUCUGUGAUUCUCAGUACUACACUAGGUUUUGGAAUCUGCUGACCUGGAGAGGCAUGUAAGCACACACCUUCUAAUCUAACAGAUUAGAAGUUGUUCAGCUAGUGGUGGAUCCCUUCAGCAGCCUGGUAUGAACACACGAUUUGCGCCCUGAGACUGAAGCUCUGGGGUGUGCUGGAGGCCAGACCCUGCUGAGCUCUGCUGGGACAUCCUGUCCUGGAGAGCAAACACAUGUGGAGGUUAGUUUCUAUAGCUUGCUUCUUGUGAUGCGUAGACAGGGACACACAGAAAACACACCAAUGACAUUCAAAAGAUUCACUGAAGUAGCAAAGACAGGUACAGAAGAGCUAUACACUGCCAGAAAUGGCUUUGCCUGGUCAGCCUAGCUUCAGCAGUCUCAUACAUGUGAUCACCUCUGCUUUUUGCCCUGGAGCUGGCCUACUGGGCUGCCUGCUUUCUUACCAGGGCUGACACUCCUACCAGGCAAGGAAACAAGGGACUGCAGAAAGAAAGGAGGUCUCCCAGGCAGACCUUUGGUACCUCCUGAGAGAGCUGAAUCUGCCCCAAAGAGACCUGGUGAGCUUCAUAAGCAAGUCUUUCACAGGAGCAGCCAUGUAUUCCUCAUUUACCAGGUCUGCUUUGUAGAAGAUCUAAAAGGUUGCAGCUGUAGCCACAACCAUCAGGAGCUGGGGUCUGGUUAAAUGAAUUACUACAUAGAGCCAGAAACACUGAAAAUUUAGUUCCUAAUUGGUUAAAAUUAAGAUUAAAAUUAAUGAGUACUUAUGAACUAAAUCCCUCUUUAUUUCUCAUUUUGCAAUUGUUAAACAGGGAUAACUCUACCCUUUUACGUGGAAAGGCAGGUGAGGAAACAACUUCAUUUACAGCCCUGGAGCACUCACCUGGGGAUGCUGGAGAGAUUAGCACUAGGAAGAGGCUGUGAAGAAAUGAAAAAGCAGGACAUCAAAGUGGGAUCUUACCACCAGGAUAAAGGUUCUGAGAAACCACAGGAGGCUGAGACCUAAAGGAAGGUGCAGAGCUCAGAGCGGGGAGGCAGAGGAAGCAGCAGAGCACGGGGCAGGAGGACAGCGUGCCUCUGGGCUGGGGACUGCCAGAGCCCAGCGAGCACCCCAGGGCGGAGGAGGAAUCAAGGGAGAAAGAGAGAAGCCGGGCACACCACAGGUGCAGAGGAAGCUGAGGAGGUCCUGGGAGCCAGAGACGGGAGCCAUGCCCCACAGCUCUGACAGCAGCGACUCCAGCAUCUCCAGCCAAUCCCCCCCUCCCAGCAAGCAGGACUCUUCUGAUGACAUGAGGAAAGUCCAGAGGAGGGAGAAGAACCGCAUUGCUGCCCAGAAGAGCCGCCUGCGGCAGACCCAGAAAGCAGACACACUGCACUUGGAGAGUGAAGACCUGGAGAGGCAGAACGCAGCCCUGCGCCGGGAGAUCAAGCAGUUGACAGAGGAGAUGAAGCACUUCACCUCAGUGCUGAGCUCCCAUGAACCACUCUGCUCCAUCCUGGCAUCACCCCCACCGCCGCCCCCAGAGGUGCUUUACGCUGCGCACUCCUUCCACCAGCCCCACAUCAGCUCCCCACGCUUCCAGCACUGAGCCUGCUGGGGUGGCCAAGAAGCAACUUGUGGGCUUUUCCAUCAGGAGAGGGACAGACGCCCCUUCUCAAAGUGUGUACUCUGAGUGACUUUGUCCAAGACUCGUUCCCUGUGCAGAAAUGGCAGAGCCACUAGCAGGCAUCUUCGGUCAGUUUCCAGCUUGGAUCCUGGAAAGAGGAGGCAUUCACAAAAGAGCAUCAACUGUUCCCCCCUGGGGAUGUCACAGGCCGCCACUGUGCCAGUGGCUGGUUGCAGCAUGCAGCAGCGGGAGGUCCAAGCACAGGAAUGGGAGCAGGGAUGAAGGGAAAGGUUGGGGGACACAGAGUACCAGGGUGAAACUGGUUUAUUUUUGUAAAAUAAAGAAUGAAAAUGCUU